UAGAACAUCGUGAGCUAGCUAGGAGAUGCAUUCUCAUUUUGGUAUUCCGUAUUCAACAUGAAUGGUGGGGGAAAUUGGUACUCGACAUUGUCCCGGCGAUUGUGAAGAAGGCAAAACUUUGUGUGAAUUUUUCCGGGAAUUUGUUUCGUUUGUGGGUUGGCAAGGCCAGUAUUCUCACUGCUGCUAGCUGUUCAUGUACACUCCGUGGAGCCAAUGAUUACCAUCUCAACUAUCUGUAUUGGAGCUGAGUCUGACUAAAUGGCCGUACGUAUACGCUAGUGGUAGGAACAAUGGAAACCUUUGGAAAUACUUCUCGCACACAACUGACAUCUUAGUUUGAGCGAACCUUCGUGUAGGACAUCAUCAAAACCAGCACCAGUACCAGUACCAGUGUAGUACUUCAUAAAUAUGGGGAAGGUGAACAUACUAGAAAUAACCUUAAGCAGGCGACAUGGAUCCUAUCUCCCAGGAGAAUAUGUUGAUGGUUACGUUACCAUGGAAAUUCUGGAGGAAUUGAAUGUCCGAGGAAUUUCCAUUGAAGCAAAGGGCACAGAUUAUGUGAGAAUAACUGAAGGGACUGGGCGGCAUCGUAAGGUCUAUUUGGAGAAGACAGAGAUUAUUCAUGAAAAGAUCCAGUUAUACACACCAGCUUCGCAGGGUAAGAUGCCGCCGAACCGCUACACGUACCCAUUUCGGUUUCAUCUCAACAGCCACAUGGCCAUGAAGACAUCCAUGGAAAGCGAGUACGCGCACGUCAGGUACAAAUUAAAGUGCUCCGUAGAUAUCCCAAUGGGGUUCGACCACGAAGUGACGAAGUUCUUUACGGUGACCACACCGGUCGAUUUGAAUCAGUGUUACACCGCAGCUAGGGAACCAGUUGAGAUGUCGAAAGACGGAACGUUCUGCUGCUUGUGUUGCGCAACACCGAAAGUCACGUGCGAGUUCCGACUGGACAAGGGCGUGUAUGUGUGUGGAGAAGCAGUGAAGGUCACGGGAACAGUCACUAAUCCUUCUAACAGGAUACUGAAGGCAUCAGUCAUGUUUAAACGGAAAGUUAAGUGUAACAUAACUGGCCACAAAGAAUCCGAAGAAAACGAAUUGACAUGUCAGGAUUUUGGCAUCAUACCCGCUGGCCAGACGGUGCAGUUAGAUGACACGAUUCAAGUUCCUCCAUGCGCACCACAAUCACCAUCACCGGAUUCCCCGAUGUUCACCUACUGCCAAUUCUUUUAUCAUGUUGAGAUCUGGGUUGAUCCAAUAGGCCUAUGCACAGGCUUACCAAUCAUAAUAGAACUUCCAUUUAACGUUGGAACCAUACCGGUACCGGGUAACUUUAACCUCUACCAAAGGAAACAACUAAGCGGCAGUGCUGCCAUCACAGAGCAACCGGUGCCGAUGCAAACUAUGUAUGGAGGCAUGCAACCAAUUCCGCCUGUGUCUUUGGUCCCGCUCCCGUUCUUCCAGAAACAAUAUAAACUCGAACACAGGAAGGCGGGUGAAGAAAAGGAGGAAACCCAAGCAGUACAAGGACCUGUCGACGUGGAUGAGUUAGGUGAAUUUCAUCCGUCGUACCCGUUCUACUCCUGGGAUAAUAUAUAUUUCACGCUAGGUUUCGGCGAAGCCAUAGAAGGCGAGGCUGCAGAACCUGGCUGUGUUGUCAAGAGUGUCCCGGCUCCUCUAUAUCCGCCGGUAGGGGCGCCACCAGGCCAGACGAUGAUGGCGCCAGGUGUUGACCCAAACCAACCUCCGUUGUGUUAUCCUGUGCUUCAAGACAAAUUUAGUGUUGGUGAGAGUGUUCAGUAGACUGGAUACAGACAAACAUCCCAGGCAGACGGAUAGCCACCGCAGACAGGACCAGCCCCUGGUGGAGAGAAUGCAGCAGGGCAGCAAAUGCAUGGGAGCAAAUGUUAACGAAACAGGCCUCGGGAUAACGCAGCAUUCCCGUUUUAUGGUUACAAUGUAUAAGUCACAAAUUACAGGCAAAAUCACAAAAUUGGCAUGAAGCCGUGUUGUGAUAAUGAAGUCGAACGCUUCCGUUAGUGAGUAGAAUUUUGAGCAGUCUUAUAUGAUACUUUCAUGCAUAAUACUCUUUUCAUCUUUUUGUAAACAUUAUAUUUCUGAAAUCAUGACGGAAUGUUUCUUUUGUUAUU